AUGUUCAAUAUUCAUGAUCUCCACGGUCUAGACAAACCAAAGCCUGAGGACGCAUCCUGGUCAGAUAUCGCGGAGGACGAUGAAGACGAUGACGAGGAAUCGAUUUCGCCCAUGUCCGACAAGCCGCCAUCGUGGUCAGGAACGCGCUGGGCUCGCUUUUUCCCGGAACUUGCUUCCCACUUUUCCCUGGCGUCUCCUACAAGCAAUACCGCUCAAAUCCCAUCGAGAACGAAGACUGAUCCGACUGGUCCCUUGGACUCUCCGACGAGCUUGAAAUCAUCCGACUCGCCGGGAAGCAAAGGUCGACCGCCCUCGGUAUCAUCAGCAGAGACCACAGACAAGCGACCUUCAGGAUAUACUCUAAGAUCUUCGAUCACGAGUCAAAGCUCUCUGAGCUUGUCUUCCGGGCGAAAUUCUCCGUAUUCAGUACAUGCUUCCUCACUAGAUCUGUUGGGAUCCUUCGAAGGCGAUGGGAAGUCACAAAGUUCCCCAUCUCGAACUAUAUCCAGGCACUCGUCAACCAAGGAGCUGAGAGACAAACCACUUCCCCAAGAACCGUCAUUCCCACUGCCACCAUUGUUGGCCCGCCACAGAUCUCAUCAUUUGCCCAGAAGCCGUGAGACUGGGCAUAGCAACUAUCGGUCUCUGAAGUCACCCUCGCUGCCUGAUAUUCAGGAGAACUAUCAUCGUCCGUCGCUGUCUAAACCUGCCGGACCAGUGGGACAGAAUAUGACUCGUCUCACAGAAUCACAGCAAACAAAAAAAUACACUUCCCAAAGGCAUCUACAUUACCCUGAUGGGAAUCUGCAGAUGCGUAGAGAAAGCAUGGGAACGAUGGCUACAAGGCUAAGACCAAUGUCUCCUAUGAGUAUUCAUGAUGUGCAGCAGGCCGUCAAAGCUCAAUCCCGCGAGGGGUUGAGCCAGACAAAGAAAGACUCCAAGAACAAAAGGUCGUUCUCUUUUGGUCUGCCGGGCCUCAACCAUUGGUCUAGCCGACCCGAAUUUCGACCUUCCGGUAGCCCUUUCACCGCGUCAGCAUUAGACUCCACAUCACACUCAUCCUAUCUUACUGGAGAUGAGGACAAAGGUGAAGUGGCCGAACUUCCGGGCUCCCCUGUCACAGUUUCGAAUGUCACCCCAACAUCCAAUGACAGCAAGCAGGAGCAAUUUCCAACACUGUCGUCCUUGCAGACAAAGGAAAUUGGCAAUGCCGGUUUCACGAAGCCGGCACUACCUCAAUCCAUAGCAAAGAAAAUGAACGAGAAUGCCAAUCACGUUCCGAGAUAUAAUAAGCUGAAUGAUGUGUUCGUUGAGGGAUCGUCAGAGAAAUACUUUGUGUCUCACAGCAAGUAUGGGGGCGUGGCUACAAAUACAUUUCGACGCCAAAAUGCUUCGCAGGCUCCCACCAUAUAUGAGCUCGACGCCAAUCCUGCCGUAUCGCAAGUCAAACAUUCAAGCGACACCACGCACAACAGCCAAACCCUUGUAGAAGGAAUGCGCAACACAUUGCCUGAGGCUAUUAUCCUAACGAUUUUGCGACAAGUUGACUCGCUCGACGACCUCUUCAAUGUCUCGUUGAUCUGCAAAAGCUUCUACCGCUCUUUCAAAGAUCAUGAGUUGGAAUUAAUCAAGAACGCUGUUUUCGCCAUGUCACCACCUGCGUGGGAAUUGCGCGAGAUGAGUCCCCCUUGGGGUACAGAGUGGCAGGUACUCGUUGACCCCGAUGCUCCUGUUCCUGAGUAUACUCCGGCGCUCUAUCUCAAACACUAUGCGCAAGAUAUUUGUACCGUUGCCCAGCUGAAGUCCAUCAUCCUAGCCCGAUGUUCGUCAUUUUUGCGCCCGGAUACGAUUCGCGGGCUGUCUGGCCUGGACGAUGCCUGUGCGACCGAGGUUGAUGAAGCCUUCUGGCGGGUCUGGACGUUUUGCCGUUUGUUUGGUUGCGGCAAGCACAGAGAGGGUGAUAUCGCCGGACAAAUGGCAUGGCUUGAAGGCGGGGUAAAUGUCACCGACCAGCGUGUCUCUGUGGCACAGUCUAUAACUGAUCAUUUCGACAUGGGAAGCGUCUUAUUUGAGCCUCCUACGGGGUUUGGACAUGGUAACACAGGCGGUUUAUCGCAGAAGCAGCUACACAGCAUGACUGAAAUCUGGACCUGCCUUGGCGUACUGCUUCAGCCCAUGCAUGGAAAAGCUAGAAUGGCACGAGAGGUUGGGGUGUUUGAUGGACACAACGUGAAAGACAAUGCCACUGCAAAGGAGGAGGCAGUUCUAGCAGAGGAGUGGACCCAUUAUAUCCUCACGCUCGGUUUAUCAGCAGUCUUGACCCUCGGCUCGAUCACAACGGAUGAGAAUACUGUUUUGGCUAAUUUCCGGAAAGCCCAAUCUAUGGGGCUGACGAACUGGCUGUCCUCGGAUACCGUUGCCACCCGGUCAUCGUUCUUGCGGGACGCUGUAUCGAAAGCGUAUAAGCCACGGGGAGGGACGCGCUCCGAGUCAUCAUCCAGAGCAUCCAGUCCGUUCGAUAACUCCCCUUUGAGCGACAGCCCUGUGACAAGUGACCCUUCGCUGGACAUGCAGCGCCGCAGACAAGCAGCCUACUCGAUGCAGCUCAAGUUCCAGAAACAGCAAUCCAUGAACCUGCCCAAGCCACCCCCGCUCGUAGAAGAGCGACCGAUUUCCCAUUAUGAAAUGAUCAUCAGUCGCCUUGAAGGUCAGUCAGGCGGGCCAGCCCGAAUGGAGAGCUUGGUCUCUCCUCCAAGGGCCAGCCCCACCGUGCCAGCCUCAAACCAGCGAAGCACUGCGCCUGCCCUUCGACACCCGCAAGUCCAAGACCCAACAGACAAAGCCCUGGAUCUGCUGGUUCGAGAGCUAGGUUUCAAGGAGGAAGACGCCAAAUGGGCCCUGAAGAUCACGGACAGCGGCGAGGGGAUCAAUGCCAAUGCAGCGGUCUCCUUGCUCAAGCGGGAGCACAGGAAUCGACAGGAAGGGCAAGGGCGUCGGACUCCGCCCAGUGAGAGUCUCCUGUCGUCGGUCAUCAAUAGUCCUGAGUCCAGAACUUCGGGGUGGAAAUGGGCCAAAUCGUUGUAG